CUCGCCUCGCCUCGCCCGCGACCCUCGUCGCCAGAUUUUUGCGUUUUCGAGGAUAUAAGCAGCCCUCUCCCCCCGGCCAUCUUCCGUUCUCCAUCCGCGGAUCUUCUCCAGUCCUCUUAUCGCUCUCGUUCGCAUCUCAUCACCAUGACCAUCAACGUCGGUAUCAACGGUUUCGGUCGUAUCGGCCGUCUCGUCUUCCGUGCCUCCCUCGAGCACCCCGAGGUCCAGGUCACUGCCAUCAACGACCCCUUCAUUACCCCCGAGUACAUGGUCUACCUCUUCAAGUACGACUCGACCCACGGUCGCUUCGAGGGUGAGGUCUCCCACGAGGGUGACAAGUUCAUCGUCAACGGCCACCACAUCACCGUCUACAACUCCAAGAACCCCGCCGAGAUCCCCUGGAAGAACACCGGUGCCGAGUACAUUGUCGAGUCCACUGGUGUCUUCACCACCACUGCUGGUGCCUCUGCCCACUUGACUGGCGGUGCCAAGAAGGUCAUCAUCUCGGCCCCCUCCAACGAUGCCCCCAUGUUCGUCUGCGGUGUCAACCUCGACAAGUACGACCCCUCCAUCCAGGUCCUCUCCAACGCCUCGUGCACCACCAACUGCCUGGCUCCCCUCGCCAAGGUUAUCAACGAGAAGUUCGGCAUUGCUGAGGCUCUCAUGACCACCGUCCACUCCGUCACUGCCACCCAGAAGACCGUUGACGGUCCCUCUGGCAAGGACUGGCGUGCUGGCCGUGGUGCUGGCCAGAACAUCAUCCCCGCCUCCACCGGUGCUGCCAAGGCUGUCGGCAAGGUCAUCCCCGAGCUCAACGGCAAGCUCACUGGCAUGGCUUUCCGUGUUGCCAACCCCGAUGUCUCCGUCGUCGAUCUCACUGCCAAGCUCCAGAAGCCCGCCAAGUACUCCGAGAUCGUCGCCGCCAUCAAGGAGGCCGCCGAUGGACCCCUCAAGGGCAUCCUCGGCUACACCGAGGACGAGGUCGUCUCCACCGACUUUAUCUCCGACCCCCGCUCGUCCAUCUUUGACGUCAAGGCCGGCAUUGCCCUCAACGACACCUUCGUCAAGCUCGUCUCCUGGUACGACAACGAGUACGGCUACUCUCACCGUGUCGUUGAUCUCAUCAUCUACAUUGCCGGCAAGGACGCCCAGGCUUAAACUGCCCCGACGUCUCCCGGUGUGCCGCAAAGAGAUGCAUGGCCGGUCCUUCGGAGUCUGUGAUCCGCCGUCCUGCGCCGUGUCCUGUGAGCGGCGGUCGUUAAUUUAGCACCAUCGCAUGGUGUGCAGCGGCGUUGCCCGCCGGCGACAAUGUUGCUGGUCGGGCGUCGGUGUCUGUGACCGCCGUCUCUGCUCUUGAGCACGGAGCCAGUUUUUUUCUUUUCUCUCCCGUGCUAUUGCGUCCUUUGCCCCCCCCUUUCAAUAUGUAAAUGUCUUUUUCAAACACGACUUUUUGCCAAACAA